GGAGUUGUAGUCUUGACCUUAGUGAACCGACAUGGCGGCCUCCAUGGCAGGGGCCUGCGGGGCCGCAAUGGAGCUGUCCCGAGGCUUUCGAGCCGCCAGGGUGCUGCUCCCUGCUCCAACCUCCAUCGCCUGGCGGGCCCGCGUGGGGCCGGAGCGUCCGCAGAGCACCAGACCUGCUGAGCCCGGCGCGUUCAAGCCGCCGCCGAAACCUGUCAUUGUGGACAAACGCCGUCCGCCGCUUCAGGAAAGGAGAUUCUUGAGUCCUGAAUUUAUUCCUCCAAGGGGAAGAACAAAUCCUCUGAAAUUUCAAAUAGAAAGAAAAGACAUGUUAGAAAGGAGAAAAGUACUCCAUAUUCCAGAGUUCUACGUUGGAAGCAUACUUCGCGUGACCACAGCCGACCAGUUCGCCAGUGGGAAAACCAGCCAGUUUCUGGGGAUCUGUAUCCAGAGAUCAGGAGCUGGCCUUGGAGCUACUUUUAUCCUUAGAAAUACUAUCGAAGGACAAGGUGUUGAGAUUUGCUUUGAACUUUAUAAUCCUCGAAUCCAGGAGAUCCAGGUAGUCAAAUUAGAGAAACGGCUGGAUGAUAGUUUGCUAUACUUACGAGACGCCCUUCCGGAAUACAGCACUUUUGAUAUGGAUAUGAAGCCGGUAGCACAUGAACCUAGCCAUGAUGUUCCUGUGAAUCAGCUGAAAGUAAAAAUGAAGCCUAAACCCUGGUCCAAACGCUGGGAACGUCCCAAAUUUAAUAUUAAAGGCAUCAGAUUUGAUCUCUGUUUAACUGAAGAGCAAAUCAAAGAAGCUCAGAAGUGGAGUCAGCCGUGGCUCGAGUUCGAUAUGAUGCGGAAAUAUGAUACUUCAAAAAUCGAAGCUGCAAUACGGGACGAAAUUGAAGCAUCGAAAAAGUCCUGAUUCUGAGAAUCAGUUCGGUUCUUUGCAGAGGAGAUGCUGACUCCUGGAGGAUUUCUUUAAGGACCAAUUUAAUUUCUUUUAUGAGGACAUAGUCAUUAAAUCAACUUGGCAUUCAUUAGUUUACGAGUACUAUUGUAAAAAAAUAAAUAAAAUGAGCACACCAGUUUGUUACUUUAGAGUUAUAUCAUUACCAAAUGCUCUUCAUCAAGUCUGGACCCUGAACAUGGAAGUGGUAGGAUGAUUUUUUUUAAGUUUGUGAAAUAAAUUGUAAAUACAAGAAAGGGAUGAUAUGAAGAAUAAUAAUAAAGUGAACAUUGAUACCUCAGGGCAAGAGGUAAAACAUUUAGUAAUCUCCAAGAAGGUUAAGAAAUAGAACACUUACUUGGAUUUGUGUGUCUGCAAGUACAUCCUUCUCUCCUCCCCUGGAUACAAGCACUGUCCUGACCGUGUCAGUCAUUCCCUUGCAUUUCUUUUGGUUUAUUACCUACAUAUACAUUCUAAAACAACAUACCUCGUUUGGGGAAACCUGUUGGCAGACACAAGAGAACAAUAUCAUUAUUACAUGAAGGCUUCAGGGAGAACCUAACUCUUCUCGUCAUAGUCCGGCUGCAUUUUCCCUGAGAAUAUAUAAGAUCACUUUGAGGCGGUUCAUGGCUAAGGUCGUGAGUCCUUAAAUAGAAGGCUCACCGCAGGCCAUCUGAUAGGCUGGAGUGUGGGUAACUGAUGCCUGGCAGAAAUGUGGAGGGAGUAGACUGCUCUAUAUGCUCUGGUUUUCACCUCAAGAUGAAUCAAACUCCAGCUCAGAGGACAGCUCAAAACAAUACUUCUGUGGGAUACUGGGGGUGUCCUUGCUGGUCCAUGUAGCUGAAUGGAGUGGAAACCUGGCGUGUGAGGACAUGGUGAAAAUCAGUCUCCGGGCAGUUUGAGCUAGGCUUCCCUGAGCAUGGUGUUCAUCAGGUUAAAAAGAGUACAGUACCACACAGGGCCAGCACAGGUCUUAACAAGGGCAAUGCUCAUGAAGACAUGUAAGACGUCUUAAAUCAUGCUGUGUGGAUCCAGCCUCUGGCGCUUGGCUAAUUGGGGAUUUGCAUUCACUUCUCUCCUGUGCUGAUCAGUUUUCGGGAUUUUUUGGCUUUCUGUUUAAUUGUUACUGUUUUCUGGAACAUAUCUUUUGUUACCAAAACUUCUAGAGGAAGUAUGUACGAAUAUAAAUCUUUUGAGACCUUACAUGUUUAUCAUAUCUAAUAUUUUAUAGAAUUCUAGGUGGGGUGUAAUCUUAAGAAUUUUGAAUAUAUUGCAACAUUGUCUUAUUUCCAGUUGUGUUGCGAAAUUAAAACCUAUUUUGAUUCCUGUUCUUUGUAUGUGACUUGAAA